GCUCGGCUUCGCAGCUGGGGUUCGCCACUGCGUGAACUGCAUGUGCGAGCGAGGCUGACCGUGAGCCUACGUGUCAAGGACGUCCUCCGAUUUCUGCAUGGCUUGGGCUUCCUGCAGAACACGAUGACCAAAGAGCAGCACCGGCCCCUCACCGAAGUGCUCUCGGGCUCCGAGGGGGACGCUGUCAACAACCUGCUCAACCCUUUGGGGAGUGGCCUAUCUCAAGAAGAGCCUCCGGAGGAAGAAAACCCGAGUGAGGAUGACGAGGGCUCCGGCGGCAGCGCAGCGCCCGAGGAGGACGAGGACGUCGGGACCAAGCAGCUUCCCGGGCUUUCCAUCAGCUUCAUGCCCAAGGGCUCGCUGCUAGGCGGUAGUGCGAAAGAUGAGAAGAAGAGGAAGGACAAGGAAAAGAAGGAUAAGAAAGAGGAGAAGGAAGUCCGCACUCCGGCCGAAGACCUGGGCUGCAUCAACUUGAUGGUCGACGUCGUCGAAGUCUUGAGAAUUCUGGCCCAGGUGUUUUCACCUGCUGUCAUGGAGACCUUGCACUGGGAGCCGGACAACUUUAAGGAGGCUAGUGGGCUGGACGAGAAUGUGUCCAUUCUGGAGUUCAUGGAGACAGAGGUGACAUUCGCCGAGUUCAUGCGACUUCUCUUCCUGCUGGCGGAGUUCACGACGCGAAGGGACUACAAGUUUUGCAGGAGCGUGUCCUUGACCACCCGGCUUGACGUCUUCCUGAAGAAUGUCAUCUCCUUCUGCCAGAAGGGCGGCAGGUACGCGCCGCCCGACACUUCGGCGUCCGCCGCUGGCGAGAGCCGAAAGCGACCCGAGGCGAAGGCUGAAGAAGCUCCCGCUCCGGAUGCUACCGGCGAGGAGCAGUGGCUCGGCUUCGACGUCGAGGGAGAGAGCUGCGCCUUGCGGAGGUGGCCGGAAGGCUAUGAGAAUGAGGUCGCGGACUGGUGA